AAUCAGACGUAGGUUUUAUAUUCAGAACCAAGUGCCGGACUCUCUUUCUAAAUACUGGAUCCCAAAUGGUAAGGCCCCCAAAUAUUCUAAGAUUGCUGCUGUUUUACCCCAGGGAGCUUUCUUCCUGAGAAAAAUGCCAACCACACAGAAGACGUUGAUGUUCCUGUCUGGCUUUCUUACAAGCCUGGGCUCUGUUGUUGUCAUCUGCUCCAUUCUUGGGACACAGGCAUGGAUCACCAGCACAAUUUUCUUCAGAGAUACUAUCUCCAAUGGUACCAUUGUUAUUACCUAUGGGCUUUUCCGUGGUACGAGUGCUCAAGAUGUGAAUGAAGGCCUUCAAGAUCUGGACAAAAACUUUGAAGUUUUAGGGAUAUUGAACAAUUCUUCCCAGAAGUCUUUGCAUCUGGUGGCUAUCCUACUCCUGAUCCUGAGUCUGGUAGCUUCUGUGCUGAGCUCAGUGUUCACCUUCUACAACAGCAUCAGCAACCCUUACCAGACGUUCCUGGGACCUAUGGGUGUCUACACCUGGAAUGGACUCAGUGCAUCCUUUGUGUUCCUGAGCAUGCUUCUGUUUGUGGGGAAUGCCGAGUCCAACCAUCUCUCCGAAAACCUGUCCCAGAAGCUUUAUCCAGAGACCGUUAAUGAGAGAACAACCCACACUUACGGAUACUCAUUUUGGCUCAUCCUGCUUGUCAUCUUUCUGAAUAUUGUCACCGUGGUCAUCAUCAUUUUCUAUCAGAAGGCCCGAUACCAGCAGAAGCAGGAGCAGAGGAAGCCAGUGGAGUAUGCUCCGAGGGAUGGCAUCUUAUUCUGAGUUCUUUCUCAUAGCACAUUUGCACUGUCUCUGCCAAACUGGCUAGCUCCUCUGGAUACUGCGUGGCAGAGCAAGCAUCAGAUGCCAUAGCUUCUGGAACCGGGACGUCCUACAGACAGUGUUUGUACCUUUCUCCAUGGAUACCACCCUGAAAAGAGUUUUUGCCUAAGAUCAGGAAAAUGAGUGGGAAAGGCUGUGGGCUAGAGUACUCCAAAAGAGGGGUAGUCUGGGCCUGCAGGUCCUUCUCAUUUGAACUUGCUAUCCACAGUAAUAAAGGUCUGUGGGGUUUUUUGCCUUUCCUGUGAGUAGAUUAAUAGACGGUAGCCCCUAUGACCUUGUCCUCUGGAUUGAUCAGGCAUUUUGCUCCUUUUAGGUAGAGAAGCACUCUGAACUUGUUUUUCCAGUCAGAAGUUAGAUACAGAAGGAUAAAGGAUGGGACGACCUCCUCUUCUGGUCCCUUGGUGGCUGUCAUGGCUUCCAGGCUUAGUUCCUUUAAUGAGGGCUAGAUACUUACAGAACUAGAAGCCCUGCGUGAACAGGUUAGAGGUAAAAUAUGGUCUCUUCAAGUAACAGGAAGUCAGCAAAAUAGCAAAGGCACCAAAAUUUAUAUUACAUGUUUUUCAGUACAACAUUUCCUUUAAAAAAAUCUAAUUGAGAAUCAUUCAGCCUUGACUUUACUAUUCUAUAGGCUCCACAGUGAAAACUGACAGACCUGAAAAGUGACCCCCUUUCAUGUGUUGAUGGAAUCUUAAAGCAGUAGCUCUGUGACAAGUGGUGGAUCUUAUGAAGCUCAAAGAUAAGUGGCCUUCAACACUCAAGAGAUGUGAUUGGGUUCCCACAAUGUCGGCAGCGGAGUGCUGGGUCCUCACCCUUGUGGUGCUCACUAUUGGGCAGAUGAGACAGACAUUUAAUAAGCUCUUACUCGACUCCAAUUAAAACAGUUGCCUAGGGUUGGGGGUCAUCCCUCCAUUGUACAACAUUAAAGUGCCUAGUGUGUGACAGGCCCUGGGUUCCGUCUCUACCUCCAUAAAAAUGAAACAAACAUGUAAUGACAAAAUUGUGCUUGUGUUUGGAAGGAUGGAUCUCUAUCACACUCUACGCUGAAGACCUACUAAUUCAAGAUGACUCUUACCUACUAAAUUAUUAAAAGUUUACUUCACUAUUUUCUUU